AAGUUAUGAGUCACGUGAUUGAUACAAUGCGCAGCGCAAUUUGAAUUGGUUUUAUUUGUGUUAAUCGUUGGAAGUACAGAGCUAAAGUAUUUAUUAUUCAAAAUCUGUUGUGUAGCAGUGAAGACAUUCAACUCCGCAUCGAUAAAAAAAUUUGAAGAUCAAGAUGAAGGUUUUCAUCUUCGUCGUUGUGUGUUUGGCACUUGCUCAAUCUUCAAGGAUAGAAUCUCCUCUCCUUGGAGCGAAAGAAUGCACUUGGGGUCCUUCCUACUGGUGUAAGAAUUUGACCUCAGCCGCUUCUUGCCAUGCAACCAAACACUGCAUACAAACUGACUGGAUACACAGGCAAUUACCCCCCGAUAACAGCAGCAUCUGCCAGACAUGUCUGGAUAUGGUCAAACAAGCCAGGGAUCAACUUCUGAGCAACGAAACACAAGAGCUGAUCAAACAGGUCUUCGAAGGGACCUGCAGCCUCAUCCAUUUCAAGCCGAUAGUGAAGGAAUGUGAUAAGAUUGUCGACAACUUCAUACCAGACCUCAUCGAUACCCUCGCGUCCGAGAUGAAUCCGCAAGUUGUCUGCUCCGUGGCCGGUCUGUGUAACAACGAGGAGUAUCUGAAAAGUUUGGAACAUGAGGACGCCGCGCCUAGCAGCACCCUUAAACCUUCAGCCUUAGCCAGCGACGUCACUCCUUGCGAGGGAUGCCAGACUGUCGUCAGUGUGAUGGAAGCCAAGUUCAACGCGAUGUCCAAGGACGAGAUUCUGCACGGCUUUCUCAUGAUGUGCAGACACACAGGCAGCCUAUCUGACGCUUGUAGCAACAUCAUCUUGACAUACUUCACGGAAAUAUACGAACACAUCAAGGAUCACCUGAAUCCCGGUGAAGUUUGCGUUUUGUCCGGUCAGUGCAGCGCCCUCUUCCACCGUCAUGACGAACCCGAUAGCAAAGGCGUGCAGAUUACCCCCAUCUCUCACAUUGGAUUCGUGCCGGUCAAUAACGAGAAGGAUGACCCUACCUGUGAAUUUUGCGAGCAGCUGGUGAAGCAUCUGAGGGACUUGUUGGUGGCCAACACUACCGAAGAGGAGUUCAAGAAGGUAAUGGAGGCACUUUGCAAGCAGACAAGGUCAUUCUCCGACGAGUGCGUCGGUUUGGUCGACGAAUACUACCCGAUCGCUUAUCAGUUCCUGUUGGAGGAGUUGAACGGAACCGUCGUCUGUGCCAUGAUUGGAAUCUGUCCCAGGGGAUCCGAGUACAAGAAUGUUCCCAUCGUACCUCUCCUACCAGCUGAAACCGCCGACGCUCUAGAAAUCAGCCCAGCGACCAAGAAGCCCGGCCUAAUCAGGGUCCCGUUGUCCAAGAACUCACAGUCCAUACAGAUCAUCUCGAAUCCGGCCGCUUUAGGGGAACUAGGCAAACCAGAAGACGCCCAAUUACCCAUCGACCUGUUGAUCCCCACCAACAACCAGUUGUUCAACAAGCAGGUCUGCGAGUUCUGUCAGUUCUUUUUGCAUUACGUUCAACAGGCAAUCACCGAUCCCAAGACUGAGGAUCAAAUCAAAUAUGUCAUCGAAAGGGCAUGCAACGACCUGCCCAGUUCGGUCAACCAGACCUGCAGGAGCUUCGUCGAAACCUACGAACCUGCCUUCGUGGCUCUGCUGGCGCAAGAGAUCGACCCUUCCCAGAUCUGUCCCCUAGUGAGAGCUUGUCCGUCUGAAGAGGUCAGAGACGUCGACGUGUUCAUGCAACAGGAAACCGGUGAUAAUUCCAAGUGCCCCUUGUGUUUGUUCGCCGUUCAAAAGUUGGAGGAAAUGGUCAAGAACAACAAGACCGAGGCUGAUAUCAAAGAAGCACUUGGCAGGCUUUGCUCCAAGCUACCUAAAGAAUUGGCCAGCGAAUGUCAACAGUUUGUUGAUACCUACACUGACGAGCUGGUGGAGAUGUUGAUAGCUGAUCUCAAUCCCCAAGAGGUUUGCGUUUACUUGAAACUCUGCACGGACAACAAGCCCGCACCUGAAGUGAUGAAACCGUUAGAGAAGCCCGUAAUGUUUUCCGGACAAAUAGAUACCAACGCAAUCUUGGACAACACUUAUGAUGGAGUCAUCGUCGAUGUCGAACCUAUCAGCAGGGUCGAGAAUGUAGGAAGUGUGGAAUGCUUCUUAUGCAAGAAAGUGGUACAAUUGUCCAUAACUGAAAUUAAGGAUAUAAAUGAUAAGCAAGCUGUCAUCGACUUUAUGAAACAUAUAUGUCCCUUAAUUCCGGAUGUCAACAACGAAGACUGCUACAAAUUUAUUCAGAAAUACGGCGAUCAGAUCAUCAAAUUUUUAAUAGACGGUGUUGUGGCACCUUAUGAGAUCUGUUCCUUCAUGCAACUCUGUGCAGUCAGAGAAUUACAGACAAUAAAAGAUGUAUAUUUCAAGAUAGAGAAACCCCUAACCGUUGAAUCGUCUCUGAAAGGUAGCAACGUUGAAUGCUUCCUGUGUAAGACAAUCAUGAAAGAAAUCGACAACGAGCUGAAGGAACACGAGGGAAGCAUAGAGAACACAGUUCGUAACAUAUGCCAACGCUUGCCCGACAGCUUGAAGCAGGAUUGCACAGUUUUCGUGAAAGAUUAUGGCGACACAGUAAUCCAACUAUUGAUACAAGUCUUGCAACCAAGCGAUAUCUGCCCGUAUUUGAAGUUGUGUGAUUCUGUUACUGUGGACCCAUCUUUUGAUGCUCCAAAUGAUGACUGCUAUCUGUGCAAGAGAAUUUCAUGGACAAUGUCGAAAAUACUUGCUAAUCCUAAAACACAACACGAUAUGGCACAUGUGUUUGAAAAAACUUGCCGUGCUAUGCCUUUACGAAACCGCAAGCAGUGUCAAGAACUCCUGCAGAGGAAAGGAAAAGAAAUCUACCUCUUGUUGGUACACAAAGCUGACAAGAGAACUAUUUGCACCAAAGUAGGACUUUGUGAGGAUGAAACAAAGUUUUAAGGACUAUGAAAUGUGAUUUUGUACGGAAGUGCCAAAUGUAGCUUUUAGAAUUGUUUAAAAAUUGAGUUAGAUUUAACGAUAUAAUAUAAUACCUACCUACUCUUAUAGUAUUUUAAAGGUUUCUUCAUGGUGAGAAUUUUAUCUAUUAUAGGAGUGUCAUUUUAUUUUCAAGAUUGAUAGACAAGAGAUGAUCAAUAAAUCAGUCUGUUUUUAA